AUGACAUUAUUUUUUUUAUCAAAUGUGUGAAAAAUUAAUCUUUACUUUGCAAAUUCGUCUGGUCUGAAAUAUUUGAUGUUUUUUUAGUAUUAAUUCAUAAUGAGCGACGAAAAUAAUAAAAAUGUUAAAGAAAUCAGGGAAUUAUAUUCCAUGUUUCAUCAGGAGUACAUUAUUAUGGCAGAAUAUCGCAUGUUACAAACGGAGAAUCUACAGGGAAUAUAUGUGAUACCGUCGUACGAAAAUUCAUUCUUGUGGUUCGGGGUGAUAUUUGUGAGAGCUGGUUGUUAUGAAGGUGGGGUAUUCAGGUUCACAUUGACGUUACCAGAGAAGUUUCCAGAUGAUGAAGUUCCUGUUUUAAAAUUCACAUCACAUCUAUACCACCCAGCAGUCGAUGCCAAUACAGGCAUUCUCAACCUCAAUGAAGUGUUUCCACAAUGGGAUAGAAAACGUAAUCACAUAUGGCAGAUAUUAAAAUACCUGCACUGGAUAUUUCACAAUCUGAAUAUGAAAGUACCCGCUAAUGUGGAAGCUUCUAUUACAUACAAAACAAACAAAAAACUAUAUCUUGAAAAAGUGAGAGAAUGUGUAGUAUCGAGUAUUGAUCAUGUAUAUGAUGACCCACCUACUGAGGAUAAGCAUUAUAUUACAUUCAAGCCUUACGAUCCAGACAUACACGAUACUGCAAAGAAUAUUAUGCUGCAACCUCCAAAAUCAACUGAAGGACAUACCCAGGGAAUAUCUUGGGUACAGCCUGGGUCUUUUCAGCCAUUUUCUAAGGAAGAAACCACAUAAUGAAACAAAACUGAUGUUGACCAUUGGUGCCUAAGUUAAACACUAUAUAAUGUAUCUUGAAAGUAUUAUGACAGUAAUUUGGCCAUAUUAUACACCUGUGAUAAAAGGGAGAAUUGGGUACACAUAAAUGGUGAUAAUUACAUUAUGUUGUAAUUAUUAUGAAUGCAAUAAAAACCCAUACUUUGUGAAUUAAUAAACAUAUUAUUGUUAGUUAGUUCAUCACAAUUUUCCUAGUUCUAAGAUAGGUAUAAAAAAAUGCCCAACU